AUGGCAGAGCCCCUCGCUGAUACCCCACCACUCUCCUCCUCUGCCUCUGCCUCUCCCUCUCCCUCUGCCUCUCCCGCUUCUUCUCCCGCUUCUUCUCCUUCCCCCUCUCCUGUAUCCCUAAAGCGCAAACGCGCUCCCUCUGACGCGCAACCUCUGACCCCGCCACUGUCGGCAGACGACCCCAAAGGAACCCAUCUUCUGUCGCGUGCCGUCCACGUUCUUUCUACCGCCGCUACUGCGCUGUCACAAGUCACUUUCUUGUACCAGUCAGACCAUGUAGCCCGCCAUGGCCUGCUUCAGGCCGUCGAGAUCAUUACCAGAAACAGCGAGGCAGGAGGCAAACUCAUAGUUUGCGGCGUUGGGAAAAGCGGCCUUGUGGGGCGCAAGAUUGUCGCAACCAUGAAGAGCCUAGGAAUUGCGAGUUCCUUCAUGCAUGCCGCUGAGGCGCUGCAUGGAGACCUCGGCGACAUCAGGAAGAAUGAUGCCGUCAUGUUCAUCUCCUAUUCUGGCAAGACUGCGGAGCUGGUCGCUCUUCUGGAUCACAUACCCUCCCACACACCCAUCCUCGCCAUCACAUCACAUACUAAGCCCUCGGAAUGCCCACUCCUUCGAAACAGACCGCGCUCGAUACUACUACCUGCGCCCAUCCACGAGCUAGAAGAAGUGUCUUUUGGCGUUUGUGCGCCAACCACCAGCACAACCGUGACAAUUGCGGUCGGCGAUAUGCUUGCACUUACAAUCGCCGAGGCAAUGCACCAAGAGGAUACCAAGGUUGUUUUCAGGCGGAAUCACCCUGGUGGUGCAAUUGGCGCAAAGACGAGGCGGAUUGAGGAGGAUACUGAUACCCAAACCAAGAAGUGCACUGGACUAGUGACGCCGCCAGCGUCAUGA